CAAUUUUGAGGAAGAAAGAAAAAGGAAAAAGAAAAAGAAAAGUAGGUGGUGGUGCUGCUCGUAAUUAACAAAUCCUAGAAUCUACUGUGUCUUUGAGAGAGGAGUAGUACUCCGUAUUCAUCAGCAGGAGUAGGGAGUAUAUAUAUAAUAAUAUAUCCCGUGAAAACCUUUUUUUGGGUUUUUGAUUUUGAAAUCCAGUGGUGGUUUUGGAGCUGGAAAUUCAGUGGUUUUCCGAGCUGUUUUAGGGUAUGGGGAGGUCUGGACAUGCUAUACGGAGCUAUACCGUGAAUUCGAAUGACUAUAAGCUUCUGGAGGAAAUUGGAUUUGGAGCAAGUGCGACGGUUUUCCGAGCGAUCUAUAUUCCUUAUAAUGAGGUCGUUGCUAUCAAGUGUUUGGAUCUUGAUCGAUGCAAUAGUAAUUUGGAUGACAUUAGGAGGGAGGCACAAAUGAUGAGUUUGAUUGAUCAUCCAAAUGUAGUCAGAGCAUUUUGUUCAUUUGUCGUGGAUCGAAACCUCUGGGUUGUUAUGCCAUUUAUGGCUGAAGGUUCUUGCUUACACCUGAUGAAGACAGCGUACCCUGAUGGGUUUGAGGAACCUGUAAUUUGUUCCAUCUUGAAAGAAUCACUGAAAGCUUUGGAGUAUCUCCAUCAGCAUGGACAUAUUCAUCGGGAUGUUAAGGCUGGGAACAUCCUCCUUGAUACUAAUGGGCUCGUGAAGCUUGCUGAUUUUGGUGUUUCUGCUUGCAUGUUUGAUAGUGGUGAUAGGCAGCGGUCGAGAAAUACAUUUGUUGGAACUCCAUGCUGGAUGGCCCCUGAAGUGUUGCAACCAGGAAGUGGAUAUAAUUUCAAGGCUGACAUAUGGUCAUUUGGAAUCACUGCACUCGAAUUAGCUCAUGGUCAUGCACCCUUCUCAAAAUAUCCACCAAUGAAGGUUCUGCUUAUGACUAUACAAAAUGCUCCACCAGGGCUUGAUUACGACCGUGAUAAAAAGUUCUCAAAGUCUUUUAAAGAAAUGGUUGCAAUGUGUCUUGUGAAAGAUCAAGCAAAACGGCCUACUGCUGAGAAGCUACUCAAGCAUUCUUUCUUUAAACAUGCCAAGCCGCCUGAGUUUUCUGUGAAGAAACUGUUAGCAGACUUGCCACCACUUUGGGACCGUGUGAAAGCCCUGCAGCUUAGAGAUGCCGCUCAACUUGCUCUAAAGAGAAUGCCUUCGGCAGAGCAAGAGGCUAUAUCACAGAAUGAAUACAAGAGAGGUGUUAGCGCGUGGAAUUUUGAUAUUGAGGACUUGAAAGCACAGGCUGCACUGGUGCAAGAGGAAGAGGAUUUGGCAGAAAUUAAGGAAGCUGAUGAAAGUGUAAAAUCUGCUACUAGCAGUAAGGACGCACCAUACUACGGAUCUGUUUCAGGAAACUCUAAUCCCCCGAACAAUUUCAUUAACAGAAAACAAGGUAAUGUUGACGAGGUCGCCGUAACACCAACUGAAGGUGCCAGCUGUAAAAUCAGAACUGGAAAUGAGUUUGAUUUUUGCAGUCAUGGUAAAAAUAUUGUUGAGAAAGAUGGAGUUGAUCUUGGGUCGGGAGCACCUGCUUGUGAGAUGGACGCAGCGCAAGUGAAGGUUAACCCUCAAGUAGUGAAAGGUCGUCAGAGUCAGAGUGGGCCGCUUAUGCCUGGAAUUGUGCUGGGUCAGACAUCCACAGAAAGAAGCCGUGUCAGUGAAAGGCCUGAGAAUGAAAAUCAAUCAGCAGCAGAGAAAAGUAACCGUGGUUCACGUAGGGUUCCUAGCUUCAGUGGCCCACUGAUGUUACCAACACGAGCUUCAGCAAAUAGCUUGUCAGCACCGAUUAAAUCUUCAGGAGGAUACAGAGAUUCUUUAGAUGAUAAAUCGAAGGCUAAUUUGGUUCAAAUAAAGGGCCGCUUCUCUGUGACAUCAGAGAGUCUAGAUGUUGUUAAGGAUAUGAUGACAUCAACAUCUACAUCUCGGAGAUCUUCACAGGGUUCACCUUUGAGAAAGUCAGCUAGUGUCGGCGAUUGGAUUUCUGAAUCAAAGAAAACUAUAACCAGUCAGCCAUCUGGAGACAUAAACAGUGGUAAUGUGUCUGCGUCACUUCUCUUGCCGCACCUGCAAAAUCUCUUUCAACAGACUGCAAUCCAGCAGGAUCUAAUAACAAGCUUGUUAAAUAGCUUGCAAUCAACAGAAGGUGAUGGUUCUCAAAAUGGGAAGCCUCCAGCAGUGCCAACAUCUGGCAGUCCAGAAAAUGGAAUUGUAGAGACAGUAGCUUCAGAAAGGGAACGAUUACUUCUUAAUAAGAUAUCAGACCUUCAAGCGAGGAUGGCUAGUUUGUCUGAAGAAUUAAGUGCCGAGAAACACAAACAUUUGCUGUUGCAACAACAGUUGAAUUCAGUCUCCAGUCAGGAAGAAGACGACGAAGUGGUUAAUUAAAGGAAGCAACUUUAGUUUCUUGUACAGUGCGAGUAUAGUGUAUAUUCAGGUAAUAGGUCUUGAGCUCACAAACCUAUCCUUUGGGUAUGCUACAAGAGUAACUCAAGCUGAUGCCUUGUUUUGGUGAAUAUAAAAGAGGAAAUAGCUGCCGGUCCUCCUUCUAGGUCCGGUUUCCAUCCUUAAGUUUUUACUAAAUAUUAUAUCCCAGAUGCUUCUGGCAGAUCCCUUGGUUUCUUGGAAAAAGAACGCUGAUGAUGAUGAUGAUGAUGAUGAUGAUGAAGAUAACUGAAAGUAUAUUCUUGAUUUUAUUAUAUGUUCAAGGGAUCUACAGGAAGCAGAUUCUGUCGAGUCUCCGUCCGAGAGGAGUGUGUAUAGGCUGUUUCAAAAUACUUUGUGGGGGGUGGGAUUGGUUUGUAUUUUUAUUAAAAAAUAUUUAUUAUUUUCUUCAAUGGUUUGAGUAGAGAGAGCAUCAUAUUGAAUGCCUAGGGAUUAGAAUAAGCUUGAUGUAAUCUUUAUUUUUAGGGCUAUAUUCUACGAACAUUCUUGUAGUUUUGACAAUUCUAUUUGGCUCCAAAAAGUAUGAUAUUCAUAUGGUAAUGGUACCCUUCCAA